UAAAAUUCGAAUAUUUUCUCUUUUUUAAACAGAGAAGGGGGUCGGGGGGAGUUGGUUUUAUUUACUUGCUUCUUUUUUCGCGACACAAAUGUAUUUGCCGAUUACGAUAUUUUUACUCGUCUUGGCCACCGAGUCUAUAUUAUUCCUUGGGUAUUCCUACAUUACCUCCCUUACAUAUGAGCUGUACGUCAAGUUCACUAAAGAUCCCAGAGUGGUAAAGCAAAACAAGAUGAAGAGGGAUGUUUUGACCAUGAAGAAGGAAUUAGCUCAAACAAGCUCACAAGAUGAGUUUGCGAAAUGGGCAAAGUUACGUAGAAAGUUGGACAAAGCAGUUGCCGAUUCCGAGAAAAUGAAUUCGGAUAUUGCAUACUCUAAGACUGCUUUUGAACUCAAGGUCAAAUCUGUACUUUGGUUUAUCGUCCAUGGCACACAAAUUGCCAUGGUAUUAUGGUUUAGAAAGAGUGCAGUAUUUUAUUUGCCUCCUGGCUGGUUUGGACCUGCACAGCGUUUCCUUUCAUGGCCAUUUGCACCUGCAGGAUCUGUGAGUGUGGCUGUUUGGUUUGCAGCUUGUAGAAGAGUCAUUAAGGCUUUAGCUCUUACCGCCAACGAUUUUGUAUUUACUCCCGCUGCUGAAAAGAAGAUGGCAGCCGCCUAAGAAAAAAAAAAAAGAGUGAUAAAGAGAUAUAGAACUUAUAAAUAAAUAAAAAAAUUGUCGAUACUCGGACACUACUAAGCAAUUUUAUCUCCCUAUGUUUU